GCAGCCAAUCGUAGCUUUGCCUGCCCUAUGGACUGUCACGGGAUAUACCUCGCUGCAUUCAUGUAGGGAGCCGAACCACACUCAGCCGCAAACUCCGAGGUAGAUGUUCGAUAUAGGUAGAUCUCAGGCCCAUAGAGCGUCACCGUUGUACUUUCUCAACUUUACUCAUUACCUUAACACGAGACAUAAUACGAGAUGCACGACUUCAUCGUCGUCGGGUCCGGUCCCGCGGGAUCUUGCCUCGCCCGUCGCCUGGCGGACAGCAAAGGAACGCCAAAGGUUCUGUUACUAGAGGCCGGGCCUCCAGUGGACGGAACAAACGCGAACAUUCUGGCUGAGAGAUGGACCAGCUUCAUGCAAUACCCAGACAACAAUUGGGGGUAUGAUACCGUACCCCAGAAGCAUGCCGACAAUCGUACAAUCAACUAUAGCCGUGGGAAGGGCUUGGGAGGCUCAACGUCCAUCAAUAUGUGCGCUUGGACGGUGGGACCGCAAGACGACUACGAUGAGUGGGCGAAUCUCGUAGGUGACAGUAGCUUUAGCUGGGGGAACGCUGUACGCCUGAGGAAGAAGCACGAAUCUGUCGACUCAAACCUCAGCGAAAGCCAUCGCAAAUACGCCCGUCCUGACAUGUCUGUCCACGGGACUGAUGGACCCGUAAGAAUUGAGUAUGCGAAGGUCCUGGAGGCACCGAUGACCGCUCAAUUGGAUGCCGCUAAACAUGUUGGUCUCGGAGUCAAUCUCGACAUUAACAGUGGCAAUCCGCUAGGGCUCGCAUCUUGCCCAGCGACUAGCCGAUCCGGGCGACGCAUCACGUCUGCUGAAGCUUUCUUGACCAAUGUGCCCUCAAACCUGACCAUCAUCACCAAUGCACAGGUAACGAAAGUCAUCUUCGAGGGCGCUCGCGCAACUGGCGUCUUAGCUGGUGGCUGGGAGUAUCUGGCGUCCAAGGAGGUCAUUUUGUCUGCUGGCGCGGUCGACACACCCAAGAUCCUGUUACUGUCUGGCGUUGGACCCAAGAACGACUUGGCAGAGCUAGGCAUUCCUUGUGUUCACAACCUUUCGGGCGUCGGCAACAGUCUCGAGGACCACUAUUUCACAUCAGCAAUGUGGGAGGAGAAAGAAAACCUUAGGGGUUGGAAUACGUUUUACGGCGACUCUGCCAAGGUCAAAGCUGGCUACGAGCAAUUCGCAAAGGACGGCACCGGCCCGCUUUCGAUCUUCUUCGCGACCACGGCAAUCGGUUUCUUUAAGGCGGAUGAAGUGCUCGACUCCCAAGAAUUCGCCGACCUUCCAAAGCAAGCACAAGAGCACAUCAAGCGACCAACAGUCCCACUGUGGGAGAUGAGCUGCUGGAUCCCGCCGUUCUCGCCGCUCGCGGAUCCUAAGCUCAGCUACCUAACCGUCGCUUUCUUCCUACAUUGUCCGCAGUCGCGAGGCACAAUCAAGCUUGCGUCAGCGGACCCGGAGGACGCUCCGCUUGUAGAUCCAAAUUUCUUCUCGCAUCCCUUCGAUCGACGAUGCGCCAUCGCCGCCACGAGGAGGGUACUGGACUUCGUCGGGACGCCGAAGAUGAGUGAGAACAUCAAGCAACCCUUCCUCGUGCCUGGUCGUACGGAUGAGGAGAUAUUGUCAUUUUGGCAGCAGUACGGAAUAUCAACUUGGCAUCCCAGCUGCACGGUCAAGAUGGGCAAAGCUGAUGACCCGGAUGCAUGCUUGGACACCGAUUUCCGUGUCAGAGGGCUGCAGAACUUACGGGUGGCAGAUAUGUCGGCAACGCCGUUCCUGCCGAAUUGCCAUACGCAGGCCUGCGCAUAUUUUAUUGGCGAAUGCGCUGCAGAGAAGAUUAUCGCUGAGCACAAACUAGACGCUUGAUGAGGUUGAUUGCGCUGAGUAGAGGUAAGAAUAGUAAUGAAGCAGCAUGUUGCAAGCUAUCUACAAAGUAGAACUCAACUCAUAUGCACGUCAAGGUCGUGCGCACGCUUACACUGCACAAC